CAACCGGCUUGAUCAUGCUCCCCACAAGCUAUCAUCAACCUGUGGCCGUCUUCCACCCGACGAUCUUUCCUCUCUUUGUAGCCCUGUGAAACCCCUCGACGUCCGAUCCAUCGCGGUGCCCGGAGCUCCCGGAAAUUGCAGAGCCGCCUUGCUUGCCACCGACGCAAAGCGUACCGCGUACGCCGCCGCGGCGUACGGGGAGCACGAGCCCAGAGAAGCUCCCGGUUUCCCCGCCGUCGAGUCGGAAUCCAGAAUUCUCCGCCCCGUGCUCGAUCCGAGGCUCCGCUGCGCCCACCACUCAUGUCGUAGCGACCCGAGCCUUUUUAAUUGGUCUUUUUUGGUUUUUAAUUUUCCCCGAGUUAAUCGAGGGGUGUAAUUAUAAAUUUGGGGUCAUGGACGUGGUGACGUUCGGCGUGGUGGUGGGCAUAGUCGUGCUCCUCUUCGUGCUCGUCCUUGUCGUCACCAUCGAGGGCGUCUGCAAGCGCCCCUCCGCCUCCUGACUCCUCCUGAUUUCCUUCCCCCACCACAAAACCCCGCGCGAGACCUAGCAAUGCGCCGCCGCACCCUCGCCGCCGUCCUGCUCCUCCUGGCGGCCGCCGCGGCCGUGCCCGCCCCCGCCGGCGGGCACUCGGACGCCUCCUGCCCCUUCCAUGACCACGGCGGCCACGGCCACGCCGAGCCGCCGCACCACCACCAAGACCACGGCGGGCACGGGCACAGCUGCGGCGGCGGGGACCACGAGCACCACCACCACCAUCACCACAGCCACGACGAGAUCCGGCGGCUCCUUCCCGAGGAGAUGGCCGAGGAGGCGGAUCUCGAGCUCGAGUCCUUCGGUUUCGACGAGCACGACCACGCCCACCACCAUCACCACCACCACGGCCACCACCACCACCACGACGGCAUGGAGACAUCGCCCAUGGGUGUGUGGCUGAGCGCGAUGGGGUGCUCGCUGCUGGUCAGCAUGGCGUCGCUCAUCUGCCUCGUCCUCCUCCCUGUCAUCUUCUUUCAGGGGAAACCGUCAAAGGCCAUGGUGGAUGCACUUGCAGUGUUUGGGGCAGGAGCAAUGCUUGGAGAUUCAUUUCUUCAUCAACUACCACAUGCUUUUGGUGGAGGGCAUUCUCACUCGCAUGAUCAUGAGGGUCAUGAUCAUGCUCAAGAGCAUGCGCAUGCACACUCACUGAAAGAUCUUUCUGUGGGAUUGUCUAUACUAUUUGGCAUUGUACUGUUUUUUAUCGUUGAGAAGAUUGUGAGGUAUGUUGAAGACAAUUCUCAAAAUGGGGCUCAUAGCAUGGGUCAUGGGCACCAUCACCACCAUAAAAGGCAUGAUUCCAGUGAUAAGGCCAAAUUAAAUCAUCAAAAGAGUGAUGGUGAUGGAAGUCUUCAUGAAUCAGAAGCUACUAUACGUAAGAGGAGCUCUUCUGGCAGUACCAAGGCCACUGAUGGAGAGCCUGCUAAUUCUGAAAAUCAUCCUGCCCCUGACAAAGCAUUAUCAAGUGAUGUUUCGUCUACUUCAAACUCUAACUUGGUGUUCGGCUACCUUAACCUUUUCUCAGAUGGUGUUCAUAACUUCACCGAUGGGAUGGCUCUUGGGAGUGCUUUUUUGCUCCAGGGUUCUGUUGGUGGCUGGUCCAGGACUUUAUUUCUGCUUGCACAUGAACUUCCCCAAGAGGUUGGAGAUUUUGGAAUCCUUGUGCGAUCAGGGUUCUCAGUAUCUAAGGCCCUAUUUUUCAAUUUUCUCUCGGCGUUGGUUGCUCUUGCUGGAACAGCACUAGCAUUAUCGUUGGGAAAAGACCCUGGACAUUCUUCUUUGAUUGAGGGCUUCACUGCUGGUGGUUUCAUUUACAUUGCUGUCGCGGGAGUCCUCCCGCAGAUGAACGACCAGAAAACAACCCUUAAAAGCUCAGUAGUUCAGCUGAUUUCCCUGGCAAUGGGGAUGCUGGUCGCUCUAGGCAUUUCUCUGGUAGAAUGAUCUGAAUCUCCAUUUAACCAGUUGCAGCUUUAGAUCGAACCGCGUUGCUCCAAUCCGGUAUAAUUCUUGGACAGUUCCAGCCUGGAAGAUGGGGGCUAAGGGGUGUUUGGUUCAGGAGGACCUCCUAAAAUUCCUAUCACAUCAAAUGUUUGAUACUAAUUACUAAUUAUAAAACCAAUUGUACA